CGCCCUCGCGCCCUCGCGCCCUCGCGCCCUCGCACCGGGGGCGGGCUCGCUGCGCGUGCCAGGAGGGUAAGCGGCGCGAGCCGGGUGCCUGAGAACGUUCGCCGCGGGGGCGGCUCCGGGGCCUGAGCGGGCGCCGCCACCGCCACAGCCGCGGGGGCCGGGCCGGAGGAGGCGGAGGAGGUUGCAGUCGCCGGAGACCUUCUCGACGCCCCCAGAUCCGGCCGGGAAGAUGAUUGAGGAAAGUGGGAACAAGCGGAAGACCAUGGCAGAGAAGAGGCAGCUGUUCAUAGAAAUGCGUGCUCAGAAUUUUGAUGUCAUACGACUAUCAACUUACAGAACAGCUUGCAAAUUACGAUUUGUACAAAAACGAUGCAACCUCCAUCUUGUUGAUAUCUGGAACAUGAUUGAAGCCUUCCGAGACAAUGGCCUUAAUACACUGGACCACAGCACUGAGAUCAGUGUCUCCCGCCUCGAGACCGUCAUCUCAUCCCUCUACUACCAGCUGAACAAGCGCCUUCCUUCCACUCACCAAAUCAGUGUGGAGCAGUCCAUCAGCCUCCUUCUCAACUUCAUGAUUGCUGCAUAUGACAGUGAGGGCCGAGGCAAGUUGACGGUAUUUUCAGUUAAAGCUAUGUUAGCAACCAUGUGUGGUGGAAAAAUGCUGGACAAAUUGAGAUAUGUUUUCUCCCAGAUGUCAGAUUCCAAUGGCUUAAUGAUUUUUAGCAAGUUUGACCAGUUUCUGAAGGAAGUUCUGAAGCUCCCAACAGCUGUCUUUGAAGGGCCAUCUUUUGGUUACACAGAGCACUCGGUCCGCACCUGUUUUCCACAGCAGAAAAAGAUAAUGCUAAAUAUGUUUUUAGACACAAUGAUGGCCGAUCCUCCUCCCCAGUGCCUUGUCUGGCUACCUCUCAUGCAUAGGCUUGCCCACGUGGAGAAUGUCUUCCACCCUGUGGAGUGCUCCUAUUGCCGCUGCGAGGGCAUGAUGGGUUUCCGGUACCGGUGCCAGCAGUGCCACAACUACCAACUCUGCCAAAACUGCUUUUGGCGAGGCCAUGCCAGUGGCCCUCACAGCAACCAACACCAGAUGAAGGAGCAUUCCUCUUGGAAAUCCCCUGCAAAGAAGCUGAGCCAUGCAAUUAGUAAAUCCUUGGGGUGUGUACCCACCAGAGAACCCCCGCAUCCUGUUUUUCCUGAGCAACCAGAGAAACCACUUGACCUUGCAAAUAUAGUUCCUCCUCGCCCUCCGACGAACCUGAAUGACACCAUGGUGAGCCACAUGUCCUCUGGGGCGCCCACGCCCACCAAGAGGUUACAGUAUAGCCAGGAUAUACCCAGUCACUUGGCUGACGAGCAUGCGCUGAUAGCUUCCUAUGUGGCCCGUCUGCAGCACUGUGCACGUGUCCUGGACAGUCCUAGCCGACUGGACGAGGAGCACCGGCUUAUAGCCCGCUAUGCUGCCCGGCUGGCUGCAGAGGCAGGAAACAUGACCCGUCCUCCCACUGACUUGAGCUUUAACUUUGAUGCCAACAAACAACAAAGACAGCUUAUUGCAGAACUGGAAAAUAAAAACAGAGAGAUCCUGCAGGAGAUUCAGCGCCUCCGUCUGGAGCACGAGCAGGCAUCCCAGCCCACCCCGGAGAAGGCCCAGCAGAACCCCACGCUGCUGGCCGAGCUGCGGCUCCUGAGGCAGAGGAAAGAUGAACUGGAGCAGAGGAUGUCAGCAUUGCAGGAGAGCAGGAGGGAGCUGAUGGUCCAGCUGGAAGGGCUGAUGAAGCUACUGAAGGAGGAAGAGCAAAAACAGGCAGCUCAGGCCACAGGAUCACCGCAUACGUCGCCCACUCACGGAGGCGGACGCCCCAUACCCAUGCCCGUGCGCUCCACCUCCGCUGGCUCCACCCCCACCCACUGCCCGCAGGACCCGCUGAGUGGAGUCGGCGGGGACAUGCAGGAGGCCUUCGCCCAAGGUACGAGGAGAAACCUCCGCAAUGACCUGCUGGUGGCUGCCGACUCAAUCACCAACACCAUGUCGUCCCUGGUGAAGGAGCUCCACUCAGCUGCUCUCUCCCUAGGCCUGCUCGGCUGUCUCGCUUGGAGCUUUCCUGGACGACGGGGAACCGAAUCAGCCACAAAAGCUUCUGGACUUCCUCCCGCUGCCUUUCUGCUUCUCCUGUUUGAUUUGGUUUUGAAACCCUAUUCUCUCCUUUUGUCCGUGACGAGGCUCUGGUUUCCCUGGAAGUUCAUGACCUGAGUCUGGUGCUUCCUUCACUCCACAUGUUCAGUCUUAUCUCUGACUUCUUUCUCAAUCUGUCUCGCAGCUAUUUCCCAUGAUUUUCCCGAGACCCUUACCUCAUGGCAUAUUUCCCCCUACAUGAAACCCAGGAAGGGGAGAAAAAAAAAUAGGCCAUUCCCAUAUCAUCAUAUCUACAAGAAUCCCCAUGAUUGAAUCAGUUUUGAAACCGCCAGAUAUUUUACUAAUUUUUUUAAUGGUGGUCAGAUUCCCAUAUUUUAUAUUAAACAAACUUCCUUCCUAAGUGCUGUGGGUCACUCAUACAGGUGGCCCUCUUUUGUUUCCUUUCACCUAAUAUCGUGCUUUUGGAUACCUUGAAAUAGCUUAACAAGGUUGUUCAAUAAAGAUAUAAAGCAGUU